AUGAAUGCCUUCAUGGUGUGGUCCAGCGAAGAGAGGAAGAGGGUGUCCGCCCAAUACCCCAAAAUGCACAAUUCGGAGAUCAGCCGGAGAUUGGGGGAAGUCUGGAGGGGCCUCACCGAGGAGGACCGGAGACCCUUCCGGGAAGAAGCCAAGAGACUGCGGGUACAGCACGCCCGGGACCACCCAGGGUACAAAUACACCCCUCGCAAGAAGAAGAAGGGUUCUAGCAGCAGGACAAAGCAGGAGGCCCCCUUUUCUUCUGUCCUGUGUGCUGAGGGUGGUCCUUCCAUGGCGUGGUCAGGCUGGCCGCCAGCACCAUGA